AUGUCGACCGCGACGCUUGCCGGCGGCCGCGCCUCCGUGCUGCGAUUUGCCGACGACGACGACGACGACGACGCGGAGCGGCAGGAGCGGCUGCGGGAGUUGCGGCGGGACGGGGAGUACGAGCGGCUGCUCGGGAGCGACGGGCUGGCGGAGGCGCUGAUGUACGGCGCCAGCACCCGCGAGGACCGCAUCAUGCAGAUGGACGCGCUGGUGGAGACGCAGCGGAAGAUACCCCGGCGCGGCGGCACGGCGCACGUCGUGGUGCUCUCCGCCAACGCGCUCACGAUGGCGAUCAUGGCCUCGCAGCUCGCCAUGCACCGCUGGAGGGUCACGGAGGCGCAGACGCUUACCGAGGCGACCGCCGUCAUUCAGCAGCAAAUCCUGCGGGCGCGGAAAAGCGGCUUCACCGUCGGGCGCGCGGUGGCGGCGGCGUCUCCGCCGCGCACGAAGUCCUUCACGCGCGGCUCGCAGUCCGCCGCCCGCGCGACGGACGGCCGGGGCGGACAAAUCCGGGCGGACGAAACGGGGGAGGCGGCGGAGACGGCGAGCGCCGCCUCCUCCGUCUGCAGCGCGGAGGGGGAGGAGCCGGCGCUGAACCCGCCGCCGGACGACAUGGUGGCGCGGCUGGUUGUGGUUGACGUCUGCACCCACGAGCCCUUCCGCGACAUCGUCGGGCACCUGCGCUUCUACGACCGCGAGCACAACCUGGGCCUCAUCAUUGCCCUGAUGCUGCACGAGAACUACGACAGCCACACUCCCGGGAUGCUGCGCCUGCCGAAGCACACCAUUACCGUGGCGGAGGCGUACGGCCUCGGCUACGACUUGGUGCUGCGCCGCUGCUUCGACCACGCCGUCGUCAACUUCUUCACCGAGCUGUUCAUGUCGGCGACCGGGCGCUGGUGCAGCGACAUGCGCGCCAGGGGGGUGGUGGGGAACUACCGCGGCAUGCGGCAGAUCCUCCUCGAGAACGACGAAGCGGGGCUGCGGGACAGUCUCCGCGCCGGUCUCGAGGCCCGCGACGGCAGCUGCAACAGCGCCGACGAUCUCGGCAUCCUGCGGGCCCUGCAAAACAAGCACAUGUCCCAGACGCAGGCCUCGAGCGUGAUGCUGCACCCGCCGGAGCUCUCGAUGAUGAGCGUGCGCAGCGCCGUCGGCAGCGCACAUCCGCAGCAGCAACGCACGCAGCAGCUCGACUCCAUUUUUGGCGUGAAGGACGUCCUGUCGCAGGUCAUGUCUCCGGCGAGCAGCGUCAAGCACGUCGCGAAGCGUUUGUUUCGUCCGUCGGCCUCGCAGCGCGACCUCCACGCCGGCACCAUGAGCAGCGGAAGAGAGGAGGGCGAGGAGGGCGAGAGGCUCUACGAGGACGUGCUCCUGGAGGAGAAGGACGAGGUGGAGACGGCCGUUGUCGCCGCCUACAAGGAGGAGGUCCUACGGCUGCUGACGGAGCUGGAGCGGAGCGAGCGCACCGUCUUCCUCCUCAGGGAGGAGGUCACCCACCUGCAGGAGGUGGUCUUCUCCAACACAAACUUCGCCACCAUCUCCUCGCGCCCCUCCAUCUCCUUCGAAGACACCGCCCUGGACAACUUCACCUCCAUCUCGAAGGAGCAGCAGAUCAUCAUUCUGCGGCAGCGGCUCCUGUCCGUCACGGAAAAGCUCUUGGCGUACGAAACGCAGCAAAAGCUGCGGCAGCGGGAGAGGAAGAAGCAGGAGCGGGAGGACAAGGGCGGGCGGGAGCCGCACGCCGCGGUGGAGGGGAUCGGCACGGCGGGUUCGGAGGAGGACACCCAAGACUUCUCCUCCGACGCCGCAGCAGCGAUGCUGCAGCGCAUGUACUCCCUGGGAGGCUUUCAAACGGAUCGUGCUGGCGACAGGACACAAACCUCCACCCCCUCGUGGUUGUUUUCGAUAAAUCCGGGGGAGGAGGACACGACGAACCCGCGGAGUGAGACGCCGCCUCCGACGGGAGAGCAGCAGCGGCAGUACGAGGGCAGAGACGCGAGGCCGCGCCCAAGCGAGUCGGACCUGUCGCAUCGGAUGGAGGAGAAGAGUACGCGGCUGGGGGAGCGCCUUCUCGAGACCCUCAGAACGAUCUCCACGCAGCGGCAUCGCAUCGCAGAGCUGGAGGCGCAGGUCCAGAAAGGGAAAAGGGAGGGAAGGAGCAGGAAAAAAAAGAAGCGGGCAGCUGAGUCCUCGGAUGAUGACGACGACGGCGGCGGCGGCGGGCAACGCCGUGGGGAGAGCGGCGGCCGCGUCACGAACGCAAGGCGCGGGAAGCAGGGCGCACCGGCUGCGCCCCGCCGCGACUCCUCGUGGGUCGAAGCCGGCUGGUCGACGGUGUCCACGAAACCCCCCAGCACCGCCUCCGCCCCGGACGAGCGGAGCAUAGCACCGGCGGGGGGCGUGCAGCGCGUGGAGCCGCAGGCGCAGCCCAAACAUCGGCAGUGGGAAGCGGGGACGAAGUCACCUGCUCGGGCCGCUCCGGGGCGGCCCAAGGCGGCGAUGCAGGAACCGUGGGGGAGGUCGCAGGCACGUCCAGAGGCUCCGCACACGCAGGGGCCUCGGCCGGUGACGCAAAAAGGACACGCGCGUGAGCCAUUGAAAGAGAAGGAUGAUUUGACGAAGUUGGAAGAAAUUUUUAGCACCAUCGCUGCGGCGAAGGCGUGCGGCGACGAGGAAGCAGCGGAACAGGCGCGCUCAAGGGCGCGUGUGGUGGCGCGGAGGCUUGCGGCGCAGCAGCUGGGAGCCAAAGGGCUGAAAAAGACGUUGCAGGAGGUGGAAGCCGCGACGCACGGCAGGUUUGACGGCUCCGUCGACACCCUGCGGCGGGCCCACUUGGAGGCCGUAAAGACCGCGGAGGAUGUUCUCAAGCGUGGGGAGGAGGCCAACGCAUACUCACAGGCGGUACUCGCCGCGUAUGCGACGGAGCAACAACUGCGCCGCUUGCCGCGAGCCGGAGUGGAGCAGGCAGCAACUGACGGCACGAGGGAGGCGGGCGGGCACCCUGGCGUCGCCACGACGUAUGAGGAAAACGACCUCGUGGACAGCUACGACAGUGGCGGCGGUGGUGAAGGGGGGGCGAGGCGUGCCGCCGCGCAGGGAGGGUCGCAUCCGGACCUUGAAGUCCCUUCGCAGGGCCUCAGACGACCGCAGCAGGAGAAACGAGACGAGGAGGAGCAAAGCCUGGGCAAGCCACGGUUGAAGCCGUAUAGCGUUCCGGAGGGCAAGGUUGCCCUACAGCCCACCCAAAUGGUGCUGCCUCCCGACGCCGUGAUGGACCCGCGCCGCGCCGCGGAAGAGGAAUCCAUGCGGACGCUUGGGCUCGAGUUGUGCCUGGACCACCACCAGACUCUGAUGCGUUUCCUGCGGCUUGUGGGUGGCUACGACGCCGCGCUGCGGUCCCUCCUGCAGGAGGAGGCGGAGGAGUCGGAGGGGCAGAUUGUAAAAACGUUGUCGCGCCAAGGCGGCAAGGUGGGCGCCAACUUUUUAAUCUCCAGCGACACGGCCCUCCUCGCGCGCCUCGCGGCGCUGCUUGGCGACGACGAGAGCCUGUCGCAGGCUUCCUCGACGCCGCAGCGUGAGCGGCGUCCCAGCUUUCGCGGGCGCCGCUCGAGCCGGUCCCUCUCGGACAGCCCGCGCUCGGUGAGCGGGUUUCUUGACACCUCGACCCCGCGCCGUCGUCACCGCAGCAGCAGCAGUGUGACUUUCCGUGGCCCGGGCGAACUGCUGGCGCCGGAGGAGGUGGCGAGGCUGCUGAACCGGCAGGACGUCACCGCGGAGGAGAUUCCCGCGUGGCUGCUGGACCUGCUCGAUAGUGGCGACGCGGAGGCCGCCGCGGCGCUGCAGGAGGACCCCAACGCCUCGCAGUGGGUGCGGGAUGUGCUGGUGAGCAUUGAGGCCGCGCGAAAGGAGCGUGGAAGGGAGCUGACGGAGCUCCUGCGCAAGCACCGGCAAAAGCUCAUGCGGGAGAGGCUGGAGAGAUCCCGGCGGGCGCGCGCGGCGCGGAACCGCCCCGGCAGCAGCAGCAGCAGCGACAGCGGUGGAAGCGGCGGGGGUGGUGGGAGCGAGGCGGUGACACCGACGGCGGGUCGUGCACCGCUGCGGCGUGUCCUAUCGCCCUCCGCGUACCGCUGCAACGUUCCGCCAGGGCAGCUGCGCUCGGUGCUGCGUUUUCGCUCGCUGCGCCACCAAAACGUCUUUCGGCUGGAGCCGAAUGGCGACGUGGCGACGGAGGUCUCGAGGCGGCUGCUGCGCAUGCAGCGCCGCGACGCCGAGGAGGAGGAGGAGGAGCGGGGCGUCCUGCCGCCGGUGGAGGCGCGGGGGCUGUCACGCGAGCAGCAGGCCCAGUUCCAGUCGGUGCACGGAGUUUCCAGCAGCCUGCCGCCGCCGCUUGAACCGCCGCCGCCGCCGCCGCCGGGCGCCGCGUUCGUGCGUGGCAGAGGCCGCUUCCCCGCCAGACACGGCGUCCCUCGCGAGGCGUUGGAGGAGGUGGACUACUCCCCCUUCACCCCAGAGGAGCUAGCGGACCGUAUCAUGUCGUACCGCCUCGCCUUCUCGCGACUCCAGGGGGGCGAGAGGCUUCCUGCGGGCGCGACGGCGGUGAUUCCCGGCUUCGCCAUCCCAGUCGCGGCGGCCUCCAUGCCGCCAGUCUCGCCCAGUGCCGACGGUAACACGCGCGGGCCCCUGCCGCACCGCCAGGGCUCGCUGGAGGCGUACUCCUCGUGGGUGUACGGCGUGCCGGCGGAGCAGCUGUUUCCGAUGCUGCGCGGGGUGGAGCCGGAGGCGGGCGACGCCGUCGUCUUCCUGCCCGCCUGCUCCUACGCCGACGGGGGCGGCGCGAACGUCACCCGCAACAUCGGCAACGCGUUUGUUCGGCGGAUGCUCGCGCGCGUGGAUUUGUUUUCCUCCCCCGCCACCCUUGCGGCGCGCCGGCUGAACGAGCAGCUGCGGUCGGCGAUGCCGGACUGGCAGAUGGGCGUCGUCGGCAGGUCCAUCGCCCCCGCCACCCGCGGGACUCGGGCGCAGCGCCCACAGUGA